UCAGCCCUCGAGGAACGUUCAGUGUCAUUCUAUAAAUGUAUGUAUGGAGCCACCUUCCAACUUCACACCUCAAACUUCGAUCAUCUCUGAAAGCUUACUUCAAUGGCUGCUAGCGGUGGCUGCAAGGGCAAAUCUAUUUGCUCAAAGCAUGUCACUAUGCUCACGGCCGUAAUUAUGAGCUUUGGAGUCAUCUCCUGUUGUCUCGGCCAUGGCGGGGGGGAUCAUGAUGGCCAUCUCGGGGCGAAGGGGGGAAGCUGCAUAGAGAGCGAGAGGAGAGCUCUCCUAGACAUCAGAUCCGACAUGUAUGACUCUGGCGAAAUAUUCUCUACUUGGAUCGGUGAAGAUUGCUGUCGUUGGAGAGGAGUGGCCUGCGACAACACCACCAGCCAUGUCAUCAAACUCGACCUCCACUAUCCUUACUCCUACACAGACGAUUGGGAUGAUGGGGUUAACAUUUGCUACUUGCUGUAUGAGAUGGGUGCGAGUAAGGUAAAUCCCGCUUUGCGUGAUCUGAAGCAUUUGAAAUAUCUGGAUUUGAGCAUGAAUAAUUUCUUUGGCUCCCACAUUCCCCACAUGAUUGCUUCACUUGUGCAUUUGGAAUAUCUUAACCUAUCCAAUGCCAUGUUUGGUGGACUAAUACCUCCUCAACUGGGGAAUCUCUCUAAGUUACACUUCCUCGAUCUUGGAGGAUGUGGACAUAUUGAUCGACGAGCUGAUGACCUUGAUUGGCUCUCCCGAAUUCCGUCUCUAAUACAUGUUGAUAUGAGUUCUGUCAACCUCUCUAAAGCAACUAAUUGGCUUCACCAAGUUAAUUCAAUUCCCAGUCUUGAAGUAUUGCGCUUGGAGUGGGCAAGCCUCCCGUAUAUUCCAGCUCCUCCGCCCCCAUUUAAUUUGACUUCAAUCGUAAAGCUGGAUCUCUCUGGUUAUUCCAACUUGAACACAACAAUUCUAAGAUGGCUCUCUCAUGCUAGCAGCCUUGCAUAUCUUGAUCUUUCUUCUUGUAGUGGUAUCGAUAUUGAGUCACUACAAGUCACUCUCGGAGCUCUGAGUAAUUUGAAAGAAUUAUAUUUGCUAGACAAUAGUCUCGAAGGAGAAAUUUUUGGAAUGAUAAUGAAUGUGAGCAGGAGCUUGAAGUAUCUGGAUUUAAGUUGGAAUUCAUUAAGUGGAGAUAUGGGACAAAUCUUGAGGAGCCUUAGCCCUUUUGGAAUGCUAAUGAAUGUGAGCAGCAGGUUGAAGCAUUUGGAUUUAAGUGGGAAUUCAUUAAGCGGAGAUAUUGGACAAAUCUUGAGGAGCCUUGGCUCCUUGGAGUACCUUGCAUUAGAUGAUAACAAUUUGGAUGGAGAUAUUCUAGAAAUGGUGAAAAAUGCUCCGAACAGCUUACAAUAUUUAAGUUUGAAAUUCAGUCACAUUACUGGAGAAAUUCCACAAAAAAUAAAGAAUCUCACUAAUUUGGAAUACUUGGAUCUCUCGUACACCAAUAUUACAGAAGGUAUACUAAUGGCUUUUUGUGAUCUCAUCAACUUGAAAAGUUUGAUAUUACAAGGAAAUAAUUUUUCAAGACAAAUACAAAAAACUAUUGGAAAUUUCACCAAUUUGAAAUAUUUGGAUCUCUCGUACAAUAAUAUUUCAGGACAAAUACCAGAAAUUAUUGGGAAUCUCACCAAUUUGAAAUAUUUGGAUCUCUCGUACAAUAAUAUUACUGGAGCUAUACCGAUGGCUAUCGGUGAUCUUAUCAACUUGGAGAGCUUGAGAUUAUGGGGAAAUAAGAUUUCAGGACAAAUACCAGAAAUUAUUGGGAAUCUCACCAAUUUGAAAUAUUUGGAUCUCUCAGACAAUAAUAUUACUGGAGCUAUACCAAUGACUAUUGGUGAUCUUAUCAACUUGGAGAGCUUGAGAUUAUGGGGAAAUAAGAUUUCUGGACAAAUACCAGAAAUUAUUGGGAAUCUCCGAAAUAUACAAUGGUUAGAUUUAUCUGAUAAUUUUUUUAGUGGACAGAUACCAGAGACUUUCAACAGACUCUACAACUUACAAAGCUUGGAUGUAUCAUAUAAUCACUUGACAAAGUUAGUAUCUGGGACUCUAAAUAAACUAUGCAAUUUGAGUUCUAUAGAUUUGUCCAUUAACCCUAUUGGUGGAGAGCUAACAGAUUUGAUCGAUGCUUUACCAGAUUGUAACCAGAGAGCCGGUUUAGAUAUAUUUAUUAGGGCUAAUAAUUUGAGUGGGAUUGUCCCCUCAAGUAUUGGUCAAUUAUCUGCAUUAUAUGGAUUGGACAUCUCCUCAAAUUUGCUCGAAGGCAACAUCACCGAAGCACACUUUUCCAAACUCACCAAUUUAGUCAAUUUGGACAUAUCUAACAACUCCUUGGAUGUGAUCCUAUCCAAUGAUUGGCUUCCACCUUUUAAUGCCCAAAGUAUUAUUAUGAGCUCAUGUCAUAUGGGAACUAAAUUUCCAGCUUGGAUUCAGACACAAACAAAUUUGAUAGAUCUUUCUUUAUCUGGAGUUGGACUCUUAGGCCACCUUCCAACUUGGUUUUCAGAUUUCUCAAAAGGUUUGUGGAGUCUUAACUUGAGUUCUAAUAACUUGAAUGGCCCACUACCCUCUGCUCCAUAUCAAAUGAUCGAUCUCUCCAAUAACUCAUUUGUUGGACCCAUUCCGUUGAGUUUUGCAAAUGCCUCUAACCUUCAAAUUUUAUCUUUAUCUCAUAACAAUAUCAAUGGCAGUUUUUCUCCCUUUUUCUGCAAUCUAAAUUAUCUGAAAAUCCUGGACCUAUCAAACAAUAAUUUAUCUGGAGAAAUCCCAACAUGUCAUAAAUCAUUCCCAACUUCUCUACAGUCCUUGCAUCUGAACCACAACAACCUCUCUGGAAGAUUUCCUUCCUUCUUGAAACAUUGUGAACAAUUGGUUACCCUUGAUCUCGCUGAAAAUAAUUUGUUUGAUGAAAUACCAACAUGGGUGGGAGAAAACCUUUUAUCCUUGAGAGUUCUUAGUUUGAAGUCAAACCUAUUUUAUGGUACCAUUCCAGUGCACAUAGCAAAUCUCACUUCUCUUCAGGUUUUGGAUCUUUCUUCCAACCAUCUUUCUGGUAGCAUUCCUUCGUCUCUAGGAAAUUGUAGUGCUAUGGUUGAGAUACAACAUGACACUACAUCAUUGCUUAAUCUUUUUAAUGUUAGCGGUUCCUAUAGCGAGAGCAUAGUAAUAACAGCCAAAGGAUAUGACAUCCAAUACACCACAAUUCUCUCACUUGUAACAAGCAUAGACCUAUCAAACAAUAAUCUUUCCGGCGAGAUCCCAAGAGAGCUAACAAACCUUCAUGGAUUGCUUUUUUUGAACUUAUCCAAGAAUCAUUUGAGAGGAACCAUUCCAGAAAAGAUUGGUUCCAUGGAACAACUGGAAUCACUUGACUUAUCGAUGAACAAUCUCACAGGAGAUAUUCCUUCCAGCUUAUCAUCUCUCACCUUCCUAAGCCACUUGAAUCUCUCUCACAACAACUUGUCAGGAAGAAUUCCAACAGCCGGUGGUCAAAUGUCGACCUUCAACGCGUCGAUCUAUGAUGGUAAUGAAUACCUUUGUGGUACGCCACUGCCAGAGUGCCCUGGUGAUGCAGAUCAUCAAAGUCCACCUCAUGAACACGAAGAGAAAAACGGUGACAGGCUUGAAACAGUGUGGGAAAUUACCAGCACGGUCAUGGGUUUUGUGGUUGGUUUUUGGAGUUUUGUUGGAACAAUGAUCAUGAAACAGAGCAUAAGGAUGGCUUUCUUUCGAGUUUUCGACAAGGCCUACGAUUGGUGCUACGUGCAUUUGGCAGUCGGAUGUGCAAGGUUAAAGUCCAAACAGCAAAGUGUGACUUGAUCCAUCGGUGGCAAGAACUAAAGAGUUUACUGUUACAUCUUAAGGAGGUCUCAAGUUGCUUUUCCAGUUAGUAAUUCCAGCUCGUAUGUUAUGGUGUAAUGUUGUCAGAAUAAAGAAGGAAAGGGUAUCGCAGUUGAUGGCCUUUUGCUUCAUUAGUAUGUAUGUAUUUGUUCUAAUCAGUUCAAAAACUUCAUCAUCCGUCGUUCUAAUCAAUAUGUUCAAAUCAGUCGUCCCUACCGUUGUCUUUAUGACAUUAUAGUAAAGCAGAAAGAAGUAUGCUGAAGAGCUUAUUGUUACAUCUUGAGGUCGCAAGCUGCUUUCAAGUAAUGUUGUAUGUAAUCAUCAUGCAAUGCUGUCAGAAUAAAGAAGGAAGAAGUAUCAAGUACUGCAUUCCUUCUAAUCUCUUCAAAUA